CCAAUGGUCCAAACCCCCCUUACAUUACGAAUAGUGCAAUUAUUAGGCCUUGGCUGUUGUUCUUCCCCGCUCUCCCACCCACCCAGCAGAAGGAAGAAAUAGAAAAGAAAACAGAAACCAAAUCGAAGCACAGUUCUUAUCUCUUUCUUUCGCAUGCUCGGGCGCUGGAAGGAGUAGAAGAAGGAGAAUGCAAGAACAAGCAACGAGUUCACUCCCUUCGAGCAGCGAGAGAUCGUCGAGCUCGGCGCCGCAGAUGGAAGUCAAAGAAGGAGUGGAAAGCGAUGAGGAGAUCAGGAGAGUGCCGGAGUUCGGGGUGGAGCCGGUCGGCCCGUCCACCUCCGGCCGGGAGACCGGUUCGGCGGCCGGACCCGAUCGGGCCCAAUCCUCCGCCCCGGCCGGUCAGCGGAAGAGGGGGAGGAGCCCCGCGGACAAGGAGCACAAGCGUCUCAAAAGGUUGCUGAGGAAUAGAGUCUCAGCGCAACAAGCAAGGGAGAGGAAGAAGGCUUAUUUGAAUGAUCUGGAGGCAAAGGUGAAGGAUCUGGAGAAGAAGAAUUCGGAGCUGGAGGAGAGGCUCUCUACUCUGCAGAAUGAGAACCAGAUGUUGAGACAAAUAUUGAAGAAUACUACCGUCAGUAGGAGAGGAUCCAGCAGCAGUGCCAAUGGAGAAGGUCAGUAGGACAGGAAAAAAAAAGAAAGAAAAAGAAAGGAGUCCCUCCAGUCUUUGCAGGAAGUAGUAUGUGAGUGUAGUCUGAAGUUCUGUUGGAUCUCAUAGUCAAAAGAAAAGGUUUGCCUUCAUGUAAGUUAUAAACCCUAUUUAAUUUAUGAUUGGCAAAUGGUAACAUGUUAUGUUGUGGGACAAUUAAGCAUGUUGUGGAAAUUUUAGAAAAAUAUAAAUAUAUAAUUGUGAGUUCUUUUU